AUUAUCCUUAUAAUGCUCAUGUCGGUCAUAAAAGUGCUGGACGGUGGAAUAUCCAGAUUCGCAAUUCCCUCACCCAUCCUGAAAUAAUAUGACCCUAGUCUCAGAUGAUUUGAGUUGGUGGCCGUCAAUCAAGUCGUAUAAUAUUUCCAGCUAUUUUGCAGUUGCUGCCUCUGCUGGGGUAAUGUACGACUGGGCCCUGACAUUCGGACAAGAGGUCGAACUGGUCUGGAGGCAACGCUGGUCCCUGAUGACUGCUCUCUAUCUCGGUAUGCGCUAUCUUGGAAUAAUAUAUGCUGUCAUGCUGGUUCAGGUCGGUGUUCCAACAAUCCCGGUGACAGAUGCAGUGUGCUAUAUUAAUUAUAUCGCUCUGGAUUGGAUGAGCGUCGUUGUAAAUGCAAUCCUUGGCGUCAUCAUAACCACUCGGUUGCAUGCCAUGUCCCAGAAUUCGCGCAAGAUGCUGAUACUUCUCGUUGUCGUCUUCCUGGCUGUCAGCACAUUCAACGGAGUGGUCGCCAUAUUCUUUACGAGGAACACUUUAGCGGAGGCGUUCAUUCUGUCCGGCACCUACCAGUGCACUAUUGCCUACAAGGGAAAUGCCCUACUUCUGGAUUCACUGGCUUGGAUACUCACUACUGUAUGGGAGGUCCUCGCACUGUAUCUCGCAGCCUGGAUUGCUGUAAAACACUUCCGAGAAUUGCGACAACAAUCAGCAGGAGGGAUUAUCGGGGACUGUUUCACGGUGUUAAUGAGAACUCACAUGUUUUACUUCGCAAGCUUUGUUGUUGUUUCGUGCUCCAACCUUGCUUAUAUAUUUUCACCGAUCUCAGCGGACACAUAUUCCCUGAAAAAUCAGCUUUAUAAUGGUCUUCUCCAAAUUUUUAUGCUCGUGCAGAUGUUUGUGUUGGGACCACACCUCAUCCUUAGCGUUCGAGAAUAUCACGCCAAGGUCAUGGCUGAUUCAGACUCCGGUGCAGGAAUCGCCAUCAUUUCGAUUGCUCUUCAAGAGCGUGCGCAUAUGUCAACUAGUCUUAGCAUGUAGCACGAGAAACACUCGUCGACGGGUCGUCGUGUACUCCGCAGAAAGCAGAAAGGAGAAAGCGAUAGGUCAUCUGUCCUAGGAUUAUGAUAGUAUUGAUAUGCAUCGGGAAGACGGAUGUCACGACUAGUACUUAUUGGUAGAAGUACUAGCAGUAGGACACGGUUCCUCCAAAUCUCAUGUAUGUGUCAGACUGCCCGGUUCGGGA